AAUUAUCAAGGAAACUUUCCUCUCUCUCUCUCUCUCUCAACCCGUAGUUAAGAUGGGGAAUAAAAUGCAGGAAAGGAACAAGAAGAUGAAAGUGAAGAAAGGCUGUCUUGCAGUUAGGGUUGGGCUAGAAAAUGAAGAUGGAGGUUUCCAAAUAUUUAUCAUCCCAAUAUCCUAUCUUUACGAUCCUUUGUUCAAGCAACUUCUUGACGAAGCUCGCGAAGUUUAUGGUUAUAGUGCUACGGGCCCUCUUAAACUUCCAUCUUCAGUCGACCAAUUUCUUCAUCUUCGGAGGCAGAUCGAGGAGGCUAAUAGUCACAACGCCCGUCAUUUUCAUCACCACCACCACCCCCUUGCUUUAUCAUUCCGUUCUUGUUAGACAAGCAACAGAUUUGAAUCUAUAGCAAAAAAUGAAUUUAUGUAGCCAACUUUAAGUUUAGUAAGUAAUAGUUUGCUGCAUCUUGUAGUUGAUGCAAUCCCUUCUUUCUUUUUCCUUUUUCUUUUUCUUUUCUUUUCUUUUUUUUUUUUGUGUAAAUUGAAAAUAUAAGCAAAUAGUGAGACAAAAAAUUGUGUAUAA